AUGCUCUUUCAAAACUUGACCAAGUUAGAGCUACUCUCUCUUACUCCGAUAAACAUUUCAUCCAGCAUACCCAUAAAUGUAUCCUCUUCUCUGAGAUAUCUAGAUCUUGCAGCUACUAACUUGCAUGGAGAUUUGCCAAAAAGCAUCUUCCUCCUACCCAAUCUGGAAACUCUCAGAUUGUCAUACAAUGCGCAUCUCACUGUUUCGAUGCCCAAGUUUAACUGGAGCAGCAGUCAUUCACUAAGGGAGUUGGAGCUCUCUUCGACAAAUAUUGCUGGAGGACUUCCCAGUUCACUCGGAACUCUCAAAGCCUUAAAAGUUGUGGGGUUUUAUUAUUGCAACCUUGCCGGACCUUUUCCAGAAUCCAUCAGGAACCUUUCACAAAUCACCCGACUAGAUCUUUCAUACAACCAUUUGGAGGGGGAAAUUCCUGAUGCUUUUUCCAACGCUCAAAAGCUUACAUCCUUAUCACUGGAGAGCAACUCCUUCAAUGGCCGGUUCCCAUCUUCCCUUGUGAACUUGACAAAGCUUGAAAUGUUGAGUUUGAGACACAAUUUAUUCAGUGGUCCACUUCCCGUCACUGCUAAUGGACUUCAAAAUCUAGUAAGUCUAGACGUGUCUAGUAAUUCACUCAACGGCUCAAUCCCGUCUUGGAUGGCGAGUCUUCCUUCAUUGAUUUAUUUACUGCUGAAGAGAAAUCAUUUCAGUGGACCACUCUCUCUUAUACAAAAUAAGUUGAAGGGGGAGAUUGGAGCACAAUUGUUUUCAAGUCUCAAAUAUCUUGAUCUUUCAUCAAAUAAUUUGAGUGGUGAAGUAGAAGAAGAAAUGUUUUCAAGCAUGCAAAACCUCUACUUGCUUGAUCUUUCAUCAAAUAAUUUGACUGGUGAAGUAGAAGCAGAAAUGUUUUCAAGCAUGCAAAACCUUUACUUUCUUGAUCUUUCUCGUAGUGGUUUAUCAUGGAGUAGCAAUAAAGAUAGCACCAACACCACCAUUCCUCAUCUUAGGUUUUUAUGGUUACGCUUUUGUCAUGUGAAAGAUUUCCCAGAUUUCUUAUCGAAUUCUAAAGAAUUAUGGAUUUUGGAUCUCUCGGAGAAUGAAAUUCACGGGCAGUUCCCUAAAUGGUUUGGGGGUUUGGUUGCACUGCAAAGCCUUAACCUCUCUCACAACUACCUUACAAGCUUGGACCAUCUACCAUGGCAGACACCGGUAUUUGUUGAUCUUCAAACAAACUCACCUAGUGAACCUCUACCGUCCUCCCUUUGCAAGUUGAGUUACCUUACAUUUCUUGAUUUGUCUUAUAAUAACUUGAGUGCUGAAAUUCCCAAUUGUUUGGUUACUUCUGCCAGGCUCGAGAUCUUAGACUUACGAGCUAAUAACUUCCAUGGGCUCCUACCAAACAAAUUCCCCAAAAACAGUGGUCUAAUUCACUUUAGUUUGAGCAAAAAUCAACUGGAAGGUCCGAUCCCAACAUCUCUAGUCAACUGUACAUACUUACAAGUCCUUGAUUUGGGAAACAACAAAAUUCGCGAUACAUUUCCCACCUGGUUGGAGACGCUGCAAGAGUUGGAGAUUCUCAUAUUGGAAUCUAACAGAUUUUAUGGACCCAUAGUUGCUUUUAAAACGAAAUCGCCAUUUCCAAGUUUGAGUAUCUUUGAUCUCUCCGGCAAUUCGUUUACCGGCUCUUUACCUAUAGAGGUUCUAAAAGGCUUCAAAGCUAUGAUGAACAUGAAUGCAGACAAAUAA